AUGCAACUGUCCGUAUAUGUGUUUGAGAAUGGAUUGCGUAAGGUAAGGCCUUACUACCUUCAAUUUAACACACAUCCCAAACCAAGAUGGAUUGGUAGAACUGUAGUGGAUGUGUUUAGUUCAGAAUUUGGAGAAGCAAAAGAUAUCCUAAGACUUGAUAUCGAUAAUGAGUUGAUGUACAUACGAACCGGUUUCGGGAGAAAGGGAGGAGAGACAGUAUUGAAAGGAUGGGAUUCUAUUGGAGAUCGAAUAUUGGACAAAUUCGAUGUUAUCUGUAAUCUGAAACAUAUGCAUGAACCAAGUGUUCCUGAAUGUCCUCUCCAACUUCACGAAGAUACAAGAUUAAAAAUUGUGUUUGAGAAUGAAGACAUGUUGGUUGUAGAUAAGCCAUCUGGAAUUCCCACCCAUCCAACAGGGAACUAUUACUAUAACACAAUGACAGAAAUACUAAAGCAUGAUUUGAAUAUGAAGAAUGUAUGGCCCUUCCACAGACUCGAUAAGGUUACGUCUGGGAUAUUGAUCUUCGGAAAGUCCAAAACAGCUUGUGACACAUAUCUGUCAAUAUUUCAGAACGAGAAGGAUAAUAUCAGCAAACAAUAUCUCGCAAGAAUAGAAGGAGAAUUCCCCACCACCGAAGUCAUGGUUAAUUGUCCUAUUUUCUCUGUCAAUUCAACUGGUGGAUAUAUAAAACCAUUGAAUGCUGACAUGCUCCCUAUUAAUUCUACGACUGUCUUCAAAAGACUCAGAUAUUCUAAGGAAUUGAAUCAGAGUAUAGUAAUUUGUAGGCCGUUGACAGGACGCAUGCACCAGAUCAGAAUACAUUUACGAAACAUUGGACACCCUAUAGUUAAUGAUUAUUUAUACAACCCUACAAAUGACGAACUUCAUAACCAAGAAAUCAACAAGAUUAAUGGCUCCAUAGAAGUGGAGAUAUAUAACAGACUAUUUGAAAAGUACCCUUCGUUUGGCAAAGUUCAACCUGUUGAUGUUACAAUAGCCAAAACGGACGAAUGCAUCGAUCUUUUUGAGAUUGCAUCAAUCAAGGAUGACAAUAGACUUCAAAGUAAACUCCAAGAGCUUCAAAAACUUAGACAGGAAAGUUUAGCCCGACUCAAGUCCAAGAAUAACACAACUUGCACAGAGUGCAAUCGUCAACUAUUUGAUACAAAUAAGGAUAUGACUGAUCUGCAAAUUUGGUUACAUGCUUAUAAAUACCAAUACAUAGGUGAUCUUAAAUUUUCGUUUCAGACGGAAGAACCUUCCUGGUGCUCUAUAUAG